CCUCCGACCUCCGACCUCCCCUCUAUUUAUUGCAGAUCGAUGCAAUCAUUCAGUUCCAGUGGUCAAAAACUCUUUGGUUUGACGACCAGCAUACCACUGGCAGCAUUCAUAACUUCAGAGACUAUUAAACACACACACACACACACACACACACACACACACACACACACACACACACACACCACUGGCCGCACUUCGUCAUUACUGCACUCACAUUCUCAUUAUCAAGGAAAGACAAGAGAUCGAGGUUCAGGAUGAGUAAUACAGAGACUACCAAAGUGGAUACCCCAGUCCAAGAUAAGAAGACCGGCAUGGGCGUGCAGGAACUCAUUGCCAAGUUGGAGGGUAGCUCAAGGUUGCCUGACAAACUAAUGAAGAUUCUUCUCACUAACGAAGCUCCUGAUGCCAUCUGGUGGCUUCCAAGAGGGGACACCUUCAUUAUCCAGAAGGACAAGUUUCAGGGGGCUAUCCUCUUGAAGUACUUCAGGGGUAACAAGUUCAAGUCACUCGUCAGAAAUAUGCACAGAUGGGGCUUUAAGCGAAUGACCUCUGAUGCAGAACCAAUGGGCAAGACAGUUGCCUUCAGUCACUCGUUGUUCCACAAAGAUGACCCUGAGCUCGUCUUGCAAGUGACGAUGAUCAAUGACGCCAAGGAGAGAAAGAAGGAGCAAGAGGCAAAGAAGAAGGAAGCUAUCAAGAGAGCUGCUGAUGAAGUUUUGGAAUCCAGCGAAAGUUCCAGGGUCAAAAAGGCACCCAAACGAGAGGGAAGCCCCGAUACUUCUUGGACCGGGGCAACAAGCGCAACUGCUAUUACCGGGGCAACAAGCGCUACUACUCUGACUGGAGCGGCUGGAGCUUCCAAGUCAAUAUCUUCUCCACCUCUCGCCCCAGAUGCAAGCAAGGUCCUAGAUAUUACUGGUUCAAGGCAUCUUCUAUCGCCAAGCGCUUCAACAGCGCUGCCAGGGCGCCCUGGUCCAACGCCACAGCUCUUUGAGAACAUGCCAGCCCAAUCUUAUCUGUCCAACAUGCUCGACGAUCAACGGCGCUUGUCGCUUCUCCGUCUUCAGCAGGAGACAGAGUUGCUGGGAGGCGGAAGGGGGGCAUACCUUUACGGCAACCGCACCGUGGCUGACAUCAACGCCCUUCGAUCGCUUGCUUUGGCAAGAUCAGUAACAAGAGAUGCUCUGGGGGCCCAAGACGAAUCUCUCCUGUUUCCUCGUGCUUCUCUAUUUGGAGGAGGAGCUGGUGGUGUUUCUGGUGGAAACGCAAGGUUAACGGACAUGGUGCUCAUGAGCGGUGGCCUGGGUCCCGGUGCCGGUGGCAUUCUCGCCGACAGGUCCAUAGCCAGGUCCUCGUUUGCUCAGCUAGGAUCUCGUGGGUUCGGUCUGAACGAACAGCUUGGGGGAAGUUUGAACAGCCGACAGCUCGAGUUGCUAGAGCUUCAGAGUCAAGCAGUGCAAGCCAGAAGUCUUUGCCUAGGAGGGAGCAGUGCAGCCGCCAGGACUCCCAGUCAAACCGACUCUGGCAGGCUGGUGAAUUCUGCGACAAGGCCCCAAUACCAUUAGAGCAGGUGAACCAAAGGGAGUGGCGCUGGGCACACGUUGCCACUACAGGGACCCUCCUCCUGCAGUAUUUAAGUAUUGAAUGUUAUUACGUAAUGCAAUGAAUGAUUUUG